AUUAAUGGCAUCAGGUCGUCCCUAUCGCACUAUUGGUAGGUGCGAUAAGGACGGCUUGAUGUUUUUAUCAUUUAUCGCGCGAGCAAUGCCUGCCUAGUCGCACGCACGGUACGCAUUCAUUAUUUACUGGCAGUCAUGGCCGGUCGUGUUUUCUUUCGCAACUCGUUUCCCGCGAUUAUUGUUCGAAAAAAACAUGUGUGGUCUAAUGGAAAUGUUGUCAAGUCACCUUGCAAAGAUAUAGUUAUACCGGAGUGUAGUGUGAACGAGUUUGUUUGGCGAAAUUUGGAUAGAUGGGAGAAGAAAACUGCUACGGAAUGUGCUAUUACGCAUAGAAGUUACACAUACGGGCAGCUGCACAAGUUAAGUCGGACCCUCGCCGCCAACCUAAGGAAGAAAUUCGGGAUAAGUGAUAGAGAUACAGUUGGCCUCAUAUCUCCUAAUUCACCAGAAUAUCCUAUAGUUACAAUUGGAACAUUGGCGGCUGGAGCGACGCUUACUACUUUUAGCCCUUUUUACACUGCAUAUGAAAUACAAACACAAAUCCAGCAAUCAGGAUUAAAACUAAUCUUUGCUCAUCCUGACACAAUAACAGCCGUACAAGAAGCAUUGCUACUUAGCAAGAAACAAAUCCCAGUCGUCAGUUUAGACUCAGGAGCCACCAGAGCUGACGGAACAGUAUCAUUUAAUGAACUGGUAGAGGACAACCAUGUAGAUUUAGACAUUUUGAAGAAGGUCAACCUCAAAACAAGUGAUGUUGCGUUCUUGCCGUAUUCAAGCGGGACCACUGGGCUGCCGAAGGGAGUGGAACUGACUCAUAGGAACAUCGUGGCCAAUUGUGCACAACAGGAUACAGAAUUGAAGCAUUAUAUUCGCGAUGCUCCAUACCAAGAGAACCAGCUAGUAGUGCUACCCAUGUACCACUGCUACAGCCUGGUCAUAGCAAUGGUUCACAAGCUAAGUGUCGGGAUCAAGCUGCACGUGCUGCCAAAGUUCCAGCCCGACCCCUUCCUGCAGGCUAUGCGGAGUAACAGAAUAAAUAUCCUGUAUGUGGCGCCACCCAUGGUGCUGUUCCUCGGUUCACAUCCCCAAGUAACUUCUGAGAUAUUCGACCACAUCACUUGCAUGAUGUGUGGAGCUGCGCCAUUGGCUCGAGCCGAUAUCGAUAAGAUGUUUGCCAAAGCGAAGCGCGAAGUGGAGUUUGCCCAGGGGUACGGUUUGACAGAGGUAUCACCGCUGGCCACUGCAAACCCCCUCGGAGCCAGGGACUACAUGACCGCAGGCAGUGCGCUGCCUAACGUGGAGUUGCGAGUCGUUGAUGGAGAAAUGAGAAACUUGGGUCCUAAUGAAGUGGGAGAGUUAUUAAUAAAGGGACCAAACGUCAUGAAGGGCUACAAGGACAAUCCCGAGGCCAACAACCAGGUGUUCAUGGAGGACGGUUGGCUUCGGACGGGAGAUCUUGCCUCUCUCGACGAGAACGGCCGAGUUGUUAUCGCUGAUAGAUUGAAAGAACUAAUAAAGGUAAAAGGAUAUCAAGUACCACCAGCUGAACUAGAAAAUGUCAUAAAACAGCAUCCAGCAGUUUUCGACGCAGCAGUAAUAGGUGUUCCUGAUUCUUAUUCAGGAGAGAGGCCAAAAGCCUUCGUGAUGCUAAAAGAGAAAACCAAUGUAAGCGAGAAAGAAAUAACGGACUUUGUUAAUAAAAGGGUAGCACACUACAAAAAUGUUAAAGAUUUGACAUUUAUUGAUAAUAUACCGAAAAGUCCGUCUGGGAAAGUGUUACGGCGCGUAUUGAAAGAUAUAUAAAACAAAAUCCAUCCGUCCAUUUCGUGAUGAAUACUUUUAUUAUGUCAUUUCAUUUGUCAAUCUUGUCAUCACUUUCCGCCGCCCAAAUCUCAAGCAAGGUAGUUCUCAAUUCGUCUGUAUGUUUUUUUAAAUGUUUGUUUCACGUUAUAUUAAACAUGUUAAACAUGUAAAAUCGGGUAACUCACGUAAAAUUGUCGAAGGUCGCUCCGAUCGACAUGUUUCGCUCCGUAACGAGGAGCAUUUUCAUUGAGCACGCGCGAUGCCGAUGAUAUCACGACGCAGACUAAUAAAAUCUACGUCGUUACUGGACCGA